AUGCCUCCAGCCCUCUCAGACCUGUAUGAACAGGCCAGCCAGAUCCAAUCCGUUGAUUGGUACGGAAUAUGGAUUGCUAUUUUUCUGGGCGUCUGGUUGACCGCCCGGCUGGCGCACCGGCUUGGUCGAUGGACUGUCCAACGCCCGAUCGCGGUCUCCCUUGGGCGGCGCAUCGGCUAUGAGUUGCCGUGGCUCGCCCAGACCAUUGACAUAUCCACCGCAUGCGAGGUCAUUUUGGUCGGGGUGCUCCUGGGCGCCAACAUUGUCCUCCUACUCGUCUCCGCCCAUGGCUGGGCUGAUGUCCAGCAACGCGCGGCGAAGCUCGCCGUCCUGAACCUAUUGCCGCUCGGUACGGGCCUGACCUUUGGCCUCCCGGCCCAUCUGCUUGGAAUCAGCCGCUCUGCCGUUGCGUGGUUGCAUCGCUGGUUUGGGCGGGUGAUGGCCGCCCAUUCCCUUCUUCAUGGAGCCAUUGCCAUCGCCAGAGCGGAUAACCCGAUCCCCUCGAUGAGGCAUGACUGGGUUCCCUUGCUGGCAGCUGCUGCCAUUUUGAUGAUACUCCCUGUGACCUUGCAUGUGGUCGUCCGACGGCACUGUCAGGUCGUCAUGAGAAUCCACUACCUUCUGGCGGUUACAGCAAUGGUGGCCCUGGCGUAUCAUACGUGGGACCAAGGGUCAGAUUCCCGCUGGCAAGUGGUUGGGGCUGGGGCCCUAUGGAUCGUGCUGAGUUUCGUUGCCGUCUCUCAUGCAGUUUUCGUCCAACAACGUUGGAGUGCGGGACGGCCCGCCGUAAGCAUACGUCCCUUUCAUGAUCUGCUUCGCAUGGACAUUACAGUGUCCCCCCAUUGGCACAUCCGGCCGGGGCAGUACGUAUACCUCUGGUUACCUCACGCAGGAUUUCGCUCGUGCUUCCAACUCCAGCCCUUCUAUGUCGCUUACUGGGAUGAUGCGCCCGGAUUGCGCAUCCUGUACGUUCUGACCCGACCACGAGCCUCCAGCCUCAGUACACGACUCUACCUCUGCGAAUGGCUACACCAGCGUCGACAACCCGCACUGUUGCUGGGGCCAUACGGCCGAUCGAUCGACUUUUCUCUGUUUGGGACGAUCGUGUUUAUCGUAGAGGAUAUUGGCAUGUUGCGAGUGCUUCCCUAUAUCCGCAUGCUCGUCCAGGCGAGCGAGGAGCGGCGGGUCAUGGUACGCAAGCUGAAAAUCGUGUGGCAGAUGCAAGACUUUGAACACCAAUGCUGGCUGGGCGAUUGGAUGCAGGACCUGUUGGACCGCGACCGCGGUGAAUUUAAGAUUCUUGAAUUCCGUCUGUAUUACCUUACAAAGACGACAUCCGUUGACCCCGGUGACGCGUUCGGAGAGCGAAUCAAACUAUGUCAAGGGCCACUUAUGGCCGGAGAAAUCGUCCAAGGUCACCUGAGCAAGCGCCGUGGGAAGCUAGCUGUCGGUGUGUGCGCCCGCCAGUCGGUUCGCCAACAGGUCCACGAUGUCGUCCAGCCUCGGACGGGGCCGGAUAUCAAAUUCUUUGACCUCGACCUCGGGCCAGGUCAUGUCAGGGAGGCUCCUUGUCGCAACAAGUACACCGCCACCGCUCCAGCCUCGAGUGAUUCUUAA